GGGAAGCGCCUCCACUGUGACAUUCUCAAGCGAGGCGCUUCUUUGGACUUGUUCGCACAAAACAUUCUUCUUAACACUUAUGUCCAAUCAGAGUCACUCGACGAUGCAUCCAAACUGUUCGAUGAAAUGCCUCUCACAAACACCAUCUCUUUCGUCACCUUGGCUCAGGGUUACUCACGUUCUCUCCAAUCCCAUCAUGCUCUUCACUUGAUUCUCAGGUUGUUCAGAGAAGGACACGAGCUGAACCAGUUUGUUUUUACUACUGUUCUCAAGUUGCUCGUGAGCAUGGAUUUGGCUCACGCGUGUUGGAGCAUCCAUGCGAUUGUUUAUAAGCUCGGGCAUCACUCUGAUGCGUUUGUUGGGACUGCCCUUAUUGAUGCAUACUCUAUUUGUGGAAAUGUUGACGUUGCUCGGCAAGUUUUUGAUGGACUUUGUUGUAAGGAUAUGGUAUCUUGGACUGGGAUGGUAGCUUGCUAUGCUGAGAAUUGCUGCUAUGAGGAUUCAUUGCAACUUUUCUGCCAGAUGAGGGUAAUGGGGUAUAGACCGAACAAUUUUACCAUUUCGGGUGCUCUGAAGUCCUGUCUUGGUCUACAGGCAUUUGAUGUUGGGAAAAGUGUUCAUGGAUGUGCUUUGAAAGCUUGUUUUGAUUGGGAUCUUUAUGUUGGCACUGCGUUGCUUGAAUUGUACGUUAAGUCUGGAGAGAGAGUUGAUGCACGGAGGUUUUUUGAGGAAAUGCCAAAAAAUGAUCUUAUUCCUUGGAGUCUGAUGAUAGCACGAUAUGCUCAGAGUGACAAAGGUAAGGAGGCUUUGGAGUUGUUUUGUCGUAUGAGGCAAUCAUCUAUUGUCCCUAAUCACUUUACGUUUGCUAGCGUGCUGCAAGCGUGUGCCUCUUUAGUUUCGCUGAAUUUGGGAGAGCAAGUUCAUUCUUAUGUACUGAAAGUUGGUCUUGACUCAAAUGUAUUUGUGUCAAAUGCCCUCAUGGAUGUUUAUGCCAAGUGUGGUGAAAUUGAGAACUCUGUGAAAUUAUUCGAGGAAUCACCGGAGCAGAAUGAUGUUUCUUGGAACACUAUAAUUGUUGGUUAUGUUCAGUUAGGGGAUGGGGAGAAAGCAAUGAAUUUAUUUUCAUGUAUGCAUGGAUAUGACAUGCAGCCCACUGAAGUGACAUACUCAAGUGUUCUCCGUGCCUCUGCCAGUUUAGCGGCGUUAGAGCCAGGGCUUCAGAUUCAUUCCUUAACUAUCAAAACCACGUAUAGCAAAGACAUUGUAGUUGCAAAUUCUUUGAUAGAUAUGUAUGCCAAAUGUGGAAGAAUUAAUGAUGCCCGACUAAUAUUUGAUAAGAUGGACAAACAAGAUGAAGUUUCAUGGAAUGCUAUGAUAUGUGGAUAUUCUAUGCAUGGCCUGGGUAUGGAGGCUCUAAAUUUAUUUGACAUGAUGCAACAGACUUAUUGUAAACCUAACAAACUAACUUUUGUUGGUGUCCUGUCUGCAUGUAGCAAUGCAGGAUUGUUAGACAAAGGACAAGCUCACUUUAAGUCAAUGUUGCAGGACUACGGUAUUGAACCAUGUAUAGAACAUUAUACUUGUAUGGUUUGGCUUCUUGGAAGAUCAGGUCAAUUUGAUGAAGCGGUGAAGCUCAUUGGAGAAAUUCCAUUACAGCCUAGUGUUAUGGUUUGGCGUGCAUUGCUUGGUGCUUGUGUUAUCCAUAAGAAUGUUGAUCUAGGAAGAGUCUGUGCCCAGCAUGUACUUGAGAUGGAGCCCCAUGAUGAUGCAACCCACGUACUUUUGUCGAACAUGUAUGCCACUGCAAGGAGAUGGGACAACGUUGCUUCUGUUAGGAAAAAUAUGAAAAAGAAAAGAGUGAAGAAGGAACCAGGCUUAAGUUGGGUUGAGAGCCAAGGUGUGGUUCACUAUUUUACUGUGGGGGACACUUCUCAUCCUGACAUUAAACUAAUAUGUGCAAUGCUUGAAUGGUUAAACAAGAAAACCAGGGAUGCCGGGUAUGUUCCUGAUUGUAAUGUUGUUUUGCUUGAUGUGGACGAUGAUGAAAAGGAGCGUCUCUUGUGGGUGCAUAGUGAAAGACUAGCACUGGCUUUUGGACUGUUGCGAAUUCCGCCUGCGUGUUCUAUUCGUAUCAUUAAAAACCUCCGUAUAUGUGUAGAUUGUCACACUGUUAUAAAAUUGAUAUCAAAAGUUGUGCACAGAGAAAUUGUUAUCAGAGAUAUAAAUCGGUACCAUCAUUUUCAGCACGGGGUUUGCUCCUGUGGUGAUUACUGGUAACUGAUGCAGUCAAAUAGGAUAUCUUGUUUCACAUUGUGAAGAAAGUGCAAGUUCCAAAAUCUUUUAGGUAAU